UCCGACACGUAACGUUAUUCAUAGGUACAAAAUCUCUCUUUUGGUAAUAGAGGGGGAAGAAGUGUGUCGUGUGUUAGCCCUCCGGGAAGGAAUUUACAAUGGCGUCUGUCUGUGCUUCUUCUGCCAUUGCGGCUGUUGCCAUCUCUUCUCCCAGUGCUCAGAAGAGUGGAUCAGUUGUUGGGUCCACAAAGGCUUCUUUCCUGUCCGGGAAGAGGCUGCGGGUGAGCAAAUUCACGGCGCCCACUGCCGGAAGAUUGGUGACUGUAUGCGCUGCUGCCGAUCCUGACAGACCCCUCUGGUUCCCUGGCAGCACCCCUCCUCCGUGGCUGGACGGCAGCCUCCCCGGUGACUUCGGCUUCGACCCUCUUGGUCUUGGAUCUGAUCCUGAGACCUUGAGAUGGAACCAGCAAGCCGAGCUGGUCCACUGUCGGUGGGCCAUGCUGGGAGCCGCCGGAAUCUUCAUCCCUGAAUUCUUGACCAAGAUCGGGAUCCUGAACACUCCCUCGUGGUACACCGCGGGCGAGCAGGAGUACUUCACUGACACCACCACCCUCUUCAUCAUCGAGCUCAUCUUCAUCGGGUGGGCCGAGGGCAGGAGAUGGGCCGACAUCAUCAAGCCCGGGUGCGUCAAUACCGACCCAAUCUUCCCCAACAACAAGCUCACCGGCACCGACGUGGGCUACCCAGGCGGGCUGUGGUUCGACCCUUUAGGUUGGGGCUCAGGCUCGCCCGAGAAGGUCAAGGAGCUGAGGACGAAGGAGAUCAAGAACGGGAGGCUGGCUAUGUUGGCUGUCAUGGGCGCUUGGUUCCAACACAUCUACACGGGGACCGGCCCCAUUGACAACCUCUUCGCCCACCUUGCUGACCCCGGUCACGCCACAAUUUUCGCAGCUUUUACUCCCAAGUGAUGGAGUGAAGGGUAAAUGGGAAAGAAAGGGCUGAAGUGUGGAGGGAGAGGUUGAAUUUGAUGACAUGAAAUCCUUUUUCCUGAGGAAGAAGGGCUGUGUUUGUACUGAAAGGGAAAUGUGUACAAGUGCAACUUUGUGGUGACUCUGGUUUUGAUUCACUGCCUAUAGAACUGAAAAAUGCUGCUCCAAUGUACAAAUGCUUCCAUGAAGUUAGAUGAUAUCCUACCGAAACACCGGGUUCUUACAAAUUAA